AGAGGAGAACACACCCAGGAAUUGAGGAAUAUGAGCAAAUGUGUAUUUCCUCAUUCAGAAUCAUAUGGAUACUCUAUUGUCUUGUUAAUGAAUUCAUGCAAGUCUCUGGUAAGUAACUUCUGCAAGAAUGUGGUUGAUCAGGCUUCUCCCCCGACUGGUUUGACACAUCAGGAGUGGAGGAAAAAUCUGCUGUCAGCGGCAGCACUUUGUCACACCUGCCGAGGCUGUUGGAUCCUGCCGUGCGUUUGAUUACUGGCGUUCUGUUUGUUUGAUCUGUGAAUGCCGACACCCGGAAAAAAAUGGCAGUGAAUCUGAGUAAGAACGGCCCUCAACUCUUGGCAGCUUAUAAAGAAGUGGUGGACGGCAAGUCGGGUACAAACUGGGCGCUGUUCACUUAUGAAGGGAACAGUAAUGAUAUUCGUCUCGCAGAUAAGGGAGAUGGUGGAUUAGAAGAGAUGGUGGAGGAGCUGAACAGUGGGAAGGUGAUGUACGCUUUCUGUCGUGUCGAGGACCCCAACUCUGGUCUGCCCAAAUAUGUCCUCAUAAACUGGACAGGCGAAGGUGUGAAGGACUCGAGAAAAGGAAUGUGUGCCAACCAUGUGAGCUCAAUGGCCAACUUCCUGAAGGGAGCCCAUGUGACUAUAAACGCCCGCGGAGAUGACGACGUGGAACCGGACGUCAUCCUGGACAAAGUGGCCAAAGCGUCUGGAGGCAACUUUAAUUUCCACAAACAAACACAAGAAUACAGAGACGCACCCAGAGGACCUGUGGGUUCUGUGUAUCAGAAGACAAAUGCUGUGCAGGAAAUUCAACAAAUCAAAAAGGACGACUUCUGGGUCCAAGCUGAGAGGGAUGAAGAAGUCCGUCGACAGGAGGAGAGCAAACGAGCGGAGAAGGAGAGACAGGUGUUGGAGAGGGAGAGGCGGGAGAUGGAGGAGAAGCAGGCCAAGGAGAGGGAGAGGAAAGCGAAGGAGAGAGCUCAGCAGAUUGAGCGGGACAAGAUUUAUCAGAAGCAGAGAGAAGAAGAGGAAAGACAUAAGGAGGAGCAGCGACAGAACCAGCAGGAAAUCCAAAGCAAGAGGACUGGCAUCAACUUCGCUGCAUCUGUGCAGAAAGCUAAUGAGGCCAAAUCGCUGAUUUCUCAGAGAUCAUUUAAUCCCAGAGAUGUUUUCAAGCAGAAGGAGCAGAGCUUUGAGGCCAACGACAGACCGUCUCCUGCUGCAUCCAGACCUGGGAAGCUGCAGAGUCAGUUUCUUUCUCAGAGUUCCUUUGAGAGAGAAAUCCCGGUGCAGCCGGCCUCCACGCCCCCGCUGUCUCCUGCCACACCUGUACUGUAUGACUCACCUGCAGCAGCUGUCUUUUCGACACCACCAAAGACAACAGGCUCAGCUCUUCAAGCAGCAGCCGCUCCUUACGCAGAAGAGGAGGAGUGGUCAGAUGAGUUUGAUGAGGAGGCGGAUGAAGCCCACCCAGAGGAAACUUCAGGUCAGUACAAUCUGUACCACUCACCACAACCAGUUGGCAGUGAGGAGGAAGUGUAUGAAGAUGUUUACCAGCACAGCCCAACAGCUGACGAUGUGAAUGCGGGUGGUCCGGACGUCUCUGCCAGAGCUCUGUACGACUACCAGGCUGCGGACGAUAACGAGAUCACCUUUGACCCUGACGACAUUAUAACGGGGAUAGAGAUGGUGGAUGAGGGUUGGUGGAGAGGUUACGGACCUGACGGAAGCUACGGCUUGUUUCCUGCCAAUUACGUUGAGCUUCUCUAGCUUUCAUCGCUUUGUUCAUGUUCAUUUUUACAAAACCAAAACCCCCACCUGAGAUGACCGACAGGAAAUGGAUUAAGAUAACUCAAUAUUUCGCCUACAUCGACUUGUUUUGUCAUGUUUUUUGGUAAUAAUAAAUGUCUGUCAAAUGUCAAAAUAUCUCACUGUUAAGCUUGAUGGAUUAAUAAAAUUAUCAUUCCUCAA